ACAUACACAGGGUAAAAUUUAGCACGUUUGUACUUUAGAUACUGUUAGUCAGUGAUAACGAUUUGUGUUUGUUUUGAAAAGCAUGUACAUGUAGUUUCAUAUGGAUUUAUGUUGAUUAUUAUACAAUAAAACUGUCCGGAGCCUAUAAAACUGUUCUGAUAGCGGUGAUCGAAUUUAGUGUUGAAUAUUUUUUGAAGUUGAACAUCCAUAGUUCUUGUUUCAUGCCAUUGUAAGAUAUGAAGUGGACAAGAUGAAAGGAAAUAAAUUGGACCUGGGUGAAAAUUCACCUUUAAUUGAGCCGAAUGAGGAUAUUCCAGUGCCUUAUGAAAGCGAAAAGAAACCGAUAGAAGGUGACGCUGGAAACAAUCUCAUGCUUCCGCCUAACCAGGUUAUUACCAGAUGUCAUUUCCUGGUAUGGCCCGUGGCUUUCUUAUUUGUGACAGCGUAUUACUUUACCUUUACCGCAUUUGGGCAAUAUGUAUACAUAAAACUGCAGAAUGAGAAUUUUCCUGGGAUCCGUGUCAACAAAACAACGGCUUAUUGUGAGGUAAACACGUCAUCGAUUAAUUUCAAAAUUCAGGAAGAUGUCCAACAAAAAGCAGCAACUUGGGGUAUAUAUUUUUACCUUUCCGGGGGACUUACGUCCAUAGUUGCCAAUUUCAUUAUGGGAGCCUACACGGAUCGAUUUGGGCGCAAGUUUCUAUUUAUACUCCCAUGUAUAGGUACGAUAGUGCGAACAUCUUUGGCAAUGGUUGGAAUAUAUUACGACCUCCCACUCCCAUAUUAUAUAGCUGGAUAUUUCAUCGAAGGGUGUACCGGACAAAUAUUCAAUAUAUUUCAGAUUACCUAUAUUUACGCCGCAGACAUAACAGAAAAUGGCAAAUCACGAUCCGUUGGAAUUAUUAUUGUGGAGCUGGCCAUUGGAAUUGGCAUAGUCGCCCCGACGUUAGCCGUUGGCUUUAUUCUAGAAGAAACCAAUUCAUUUUUAGUGCCAUUUUACAUUUCUUUAGGCAUAUUAGUAUUAACAUUAUUCUUAAUGUUUCUUUUACCAGAGACAUACCCAAAAGCCAUCCGAAGUCAAAGACGAUACACCUCAAAAUUUGAAAACCUUAAAGAUGCAGUUGAUUUGUAUUUUAGCAAGAAAAACUCUGGCCGUCGCUGGAUGUAUAUAGUGUCUAUACUAGUAUUUUCGUUUACCGUAUACAAUGCACUUGGACGUACCGCUAUGGAAGGCCUGUUUCUCCUGAAUUACCCACUUUGUUGGAAUCCGACCAAAAUUGGAGUAUUUGGAUCGAUGAGAGUGGCGUUUCAACAAAUAGUCGGAAUGGCGUGUGUGAAGCUGUUUCAUUUAUGUAUGAAUGAUGAAAUGAUUAUAAUAAUAGGCUGCAUUUCAUACGCUGCAUCAUUUGUUUUAGAAGCCUACGCUACGAACGAUUUAAUGAUGUAUCUAGUUGCAAUUGUUGGAACAUUUGGUUUGUUAACUAUUCCGAUGAUUCGUUCCAUAUUGUCCCAAAUGACGUCACCACAAAAACAAGGUGCUGUUUUCGCAAGCAUAUCUGCAGUUGAAACUGCUGUGAACUGUAUAGGAGCACUCUCUGCCAAUUCGGUUUACAUCGCCACGGUGAAGAUCCAGAGAGGUUUUACAUUUAUCUUGUUUGCUGGAUUCAGUGUGAUCAGUAUGAUACUCAUGAUUAUCUUUAUGAUUGGUACAAGGGGAUCGAAGAAUAGGAUCUACAAUGGAAAGGACCCAUGACAUACACAACUGUAGACCUGGAGCGGUUAAAUUCAGCAGCUAGCGAGCAGUGUGAUAUUCUGCUUCUUCCAGAUAUUCCACACUUUUAUUUGCUAAAUUAUUUUUCCGUUUAGCAACAGUAUAUCACUUAUUUAAUGUUAGUCAAUUUACCUAAUCAUAAAGCUGUCGUUACAAUAUACAAACAUUUUAGGAACUUCAACAAUAUUUCGACUUUAAAGCUACUGGGCCUAUAUUCUUUGAAAAUAUGUGAUCUAUAGAAUGCCAUUGUAGUUUAUGUAUGUACUGUUUUACAAUUUAAGCUCAGAAAAAUAGCUAUAAAAUUGUUGUGGUAGUUACAUGAUAAAUAUAGAUUUCAUUUUAUAUCUUUUGCAAUAAUGAGCAACCCAGUUUUAUAAGACUGGCUUGAUAUCACCGGAUUUGAAACAAACUGACUUUCAAAUCAUAAUAUGAGCCGCGCCACGAGAAAACCAACAUAGUGCAUUUGCGACCAGCAUGGAUCCAGACCAGCCUGCGCAUCCGCGCAGUCUGAUCAGGAUCCAUGCUGUUCACUAACGGUUUCUCUAAUUGCAAUAGGCUUUGAAAGGUUGGUCUGGAUCCACGCCGGUCGAAAAUGCUGGUUUUCUCAUGGUACGGCAAUUAUCGUAUGCGUGACUUGUCUGUGGCUUCCUAAUGUGUGUCAUUUCGUUAAAUAGGACGUUAUCGGUAAUUUAAAUAUAAUACUUACAAUAGAUACCGUAUGUUAUAAAUUAGAUCACAUAAACUUUCUGUUGAGAAAUGAGCAUUUUUUCUUUCGCUGAAUAUCUACACUGCAUUGUACCGAUGUCAUUAUCACUUUGAAACUGUGCCGUGCAAUUAAUGCUACAUGUGUAUAAAGUUUGAAACAAAAAUCUA